AUGACGGGAAUCGCAACCGUAACCAAUACAAUCGCACCGACUUUUUCACAGCCGGAAAGGGAAGCAAAUCUAAAGGUCGAGCUUCUAUUUCCAGACCUUUGCCCUGCGAUGGUAUUGAAGCGGGACGGAACUGGCUGGGUUUCCGUUGGAUAUGCGUUCAAACGAGCUCCCUCGUGGGAGGUGGCAGACGGUGCAGGUUCGAGGUCUUUACUAAGUUGGACGGUGAGCUCUGCAGCACCGUAUCCAAACUACGACGAACAGACCUGGACUGCAGACGUCAGUUCGUCGCACUUGGAAACGGAGCAGCAGGGUUGA